AUGGACAAAAGGCUGUAUGAUGCAGCAGUCCAAGGUGAUACUGCAUCCCUUUAUCAGUUAUUAGAAGAAGAUCCAGAUGCCAUUGAUAAAUCCUAUAUAAUUUGUGAAGAUAUGAACGUUCUUCAUAUUAGUGCAAUGUUGGGCCAUGAAGAAUUUGUGAAAGCUAUUUUACAAAUUAAUUCCCCUUCGUCUCAUCGAAUGUGUUUGGCCCGGGACCGAGAAGGGAAAAACCCUCUACAAGUUGCUGCAAUCAAUGGCAAAUUGGAGAUAUUGAAUUUGGUACAUCAUCAUGAUGGGCUAAUGCAAGCGGCUUUCGAGAAGGCGGAGGAGGGAGGCACCAUUUUACAUUUGUGCGUCAAGUAUAAUCAAUUGGAGGCCUUGAAGUUAUUAUUGCAGAUUCUUACUGAUCCCAAGUUGGUAGGUGCUAAAAACAAAGAUGGUAUGACCAUACUACACAUGGCUUUCGAGUUUAACCAAAACCAGAGGAGGCAGGAUAUCAUAAUUUACUUGAUAGAAAAUGCGGCCGGAAUUAUCAACCUGAGGAAUGCAGAUGGGAAAACUGCAUUGGACCUUUUCUUAGAGCAGGCUGGAAUACCAUCACAUGAUUCAAUAAUAUUCGGAAGAAAUAAAAAGCUUCUACUGAAAUUGGAAGGGGAAGGGGGAAUUAAAGAUGCUUUAUCGAGAUCCAAAGCAGAAAUCGGUGAGGAUGCUGCUAUCUCUGGUCCGGAUCCAGACAUGUUUGGUUCUUUCAAAAAAAAAAAAAAACACACACACACACAGAUCCCUGCCGCCAUGACGAACUCCGCCGUGACCUCUGCUGUCUCACAGCAAACUGAUCUUCAAUCAACCGAGGCCAUGACAACCAAUUCUUUUCCGACACCACCUUCUCAUCCAGCUAUUGGUCUCUCUAACAUCAAGAAUUAUGUGACUCCCAUUCUAGAUUUCACAAACUACAUGCUAUGGAAAGAGAUUUUUCUUCCUGUCUUUCGCGGACAUGCCGUGAUUGGUCAUAUCGAUGGCUCCGAUCCUUGUCCUCCAUCAACUCUCGCUGCCUCUGACGACACUUCCUCAUCCAAUCCAAAUCCUGCUUUUCGAACUUGGACCCAAAUUGACUCCAUUGUCCUCUCCUGGAUCCAAGCUACUGUUUCCACCGAAAUUUUGCAAGCCAUCGUUCGACCCAAUUCUUCCCUUACCGCCUGCGAUGCGUGGCUCACCAUUGAGAAACUCUUCCACGAUCAGCUUGGUUCCCGCCUUCUCCAAUUGAAAUUUGAGUUUCAUAGCUUAAAGAAAUGGGAAUUAACCAUUAAUGAGUAUGUUACCAAGUUUAAGAUGUUGGCCGAUUCAUUAACAUCCGUCGGUUCUCCCAUCUUCAACGAUGACUUGGUGCUUCAAAUUCUGGCUGGUCUUCCUUCGACCUACCAGUCUGUCUCUACUACCAUUAGCCAUCGCGUUCCUUUACCCAACUUCGUUGAAGCUCGAUCAAUGCUCUUCCUGCAUGAAGUGCAACUUCAGCACACUACUCCUUCUUCCCUCUCCACGGCUACCACCGCUCUGGUCGCGGCAUCUUCCACUGACCUUCCACAGCAGCAGUCCAAUACCCCUUCUCAACAGCAGCCGUCUUCCAAUCGUGGCCGUGGCAGGGGUCGCGGUUUUCAGAAUAAUCAGGGACGUGGUCGUGGGCGUGGACGUAACCAAAUUUUUGGCCACGAUGCAGCCAUGGAGGUCAUUGAGCUACUUACUAGCAUUGAAGGAACUCCGCUCAAGACUGUCUCCAUUCCGGGCAUGCCAGGAAUCGGUAAGACAACGCUCGCAAAUUUACUGUAUAAGCAUCCUUCAAUCAACUUUCACUUUCAUGUCCGUGCUUGGUGUUAUGCAUCUCAAUCUUGUGUCAAAGAAGUAUUGUUGUUUGAGAUGUUGAACCAAAUUGUAGGGAAAACCAAUAAGUUGAGGGGUAGGAGAUACUUAAUUGUCAUUGAUGAUAUAUGGGAUGCUGAGUUAUGGAAUGAUUUGAAGGAAAUUUUUCCUGAUGAUCACAAUGGGAGUAGGAUCCUAUUCACUACUCGACAUCAUUUUGUUGCCACAGCGAUUAAUAGUAUUCCUUAUGCUCUUCUCUUGCUUUCCAGUAAGGAGAGCUGUGAACUACUAUUGUUGCAGGUAUUUGGAAGAGGUGAUUGCCCUGUAGGGUUGUCAAUGAUCUCAAAUCAUAUCACCAGGAACUGCAGAGGGCUGCCACUUACUGUAACCUUGAUUGCUGGAAUUUUGAAGAGGACUACAAGGAGAAAAGAUUCUUGGGAACAAGUUGCCAAAACAGUUUUUAAGCUGGGAGCAGAAAAGAAUUACAGUGAAUCAGAAAGGCAAGUUCUGGAGGGCAACAUAUUUUAUAGGCAUUCAUCUUUUUAUGGUUAUAGUAAUGCCCCUCAUACCACUUAUUUACAUCACCACAGGCCAUAUGGUACUACCAUCUACAGCCUUUUCAACUUUAAGGUUUCUAAUGGUUUAUCUUUUAAGCCUAGACUAGAACAUACUCUAGGGAAUAUGCUCAGGUACAAGCCUCGUGUUGGAAAAGGGCAGCUCUCACAAGGCACGCCAGCGAUGCGCACCAGGACUACCGGAAUCGAACGGUUUCAUUAUGACAUGAUUUCUAAGUUCCUGAAGUUUGAAGUGUUGGACCUGGGAAGUGUUCGAGUUGAAAACAGCGCAGACACUUCGGAUCUUGUCAUGAUCUCUGAGUUGGUACAUUUAAGGUACUUAGAAAUCAGGUGUCGGAGAAAUGAAAUUCCCUGGCAGAUAGGCAGCCUUACAAACUUGGAAACUCUGGCUAUAAGUGGAGUGAUUGGCAAAAUUAAGUUACCUGAGUCGAUCUGGAAGUUGGCAAGUUUGAGGAAUUUGGUAUCUGAUCAUGGCAUUUUCAUUUUUCCUGUGUCUUUCGUAGAAUUACACUCCUCUGACAUGAAUUUUCCCCUGCUGGCAAACUUGACAUCCAUUUCCACCCUUCCUCUGCAACUUGGGAUUCAGAAGCUAGGACGAAGAGUCUUUUCAGAUUCAGGGGAGAAUUCUACAGGCUGCAGUAUUUUGCCAGGGCUAGCCUUUCUGAAUGAACUUAAAUCACUCAAAAUCUCCUUCUCUGGAGAAGUGUUAUCUCCUUGUAAGUUUAGUUCUCCUCCAAAUCUCACCAAGCUGGCCAUGUCCACCUCGCGCCUGCCAUGGGAGGAACUCUCAGUCAUCGGGCGACUUCUCCCGAAUCUUGAAGUCCUAAAACUACUGCACAGAUCAUUUGAAGGGCAACAAUGGGACAUGGGAGACGGCGAAUUCCCCAAGCUAAAAUUCUUGAAGCUAGAAUCCCUGGAUAUAGAAGCGUGGAACGCUUUUGCUCCUGAUCACCUGCCCUUGCUUGAGCAACUUGUGGAUUCUGCCAAGCAGAUUAUGGAAGUUCAACGUGAUAUGUCCAAUGUUGAGCUCACUGUCACCCUUUGCUGUCCAUUAUAA